AUGGAAUCCCAAUAUGGAGAGCAUGUUGCUUCUUCCAAUUUGCUCAAAGCUCAAAGUCACAUAUGGAAUCACAUUUUGAACUUCAUAAAUUCCAUGUCACUUAAAUGUGUUGUUGAUUUAGGCAUACCUGAUAUCAUACACAAUUAUGGUAAACCUAUGUCACUCUCAAAACUAAUUUCUUCACUGCCAAUUCAUCCUUCAAAAAGACCAUUUAUCUAUCGCUUAAUGCGAAUCAUGACCCAUUCAGGCUUUUUCUCUCAACAAAAUGUUACAGGGAAUGAGCUAGAAAUUGAAUAUAUGUUAACCGAUGCAUCAAUAUUACUACUUAAGGACAAUCCAAUGAGUGUGACACCAUUCGUUCAAGCAAUGCUCGAUCCAAUUUUAACAAAUCCGUGGCAACAGUUAUCUACAUGGUUUAAAAGUGAUGAUCCUACACCAUUUAAAACUGCACAUGGGAUGUUGGUAUGGGAUUAUGCGGCGCAUGAGCCCAACUUUAACAACUUAUUCAAUGAUGCAAUGGCGAGUGAUGCUCGAUUGGUCACUAGUGUGGUGAUUGAAAAAUGCAAGGGAGUGUUCAAUGGUUUGGAAUCAUUGGUUGAUGUUGGAGGAGGCACAGGGACCAUGGCAAAGGCACUUGCUAAAUCAUUCCCAAAAAUGGAGUGCAUUGUAUUUGAUCUACCACAUGUUGUUGAUGGCUUUCAAGGAAGUGAGAAUCUAAAAUAUGUUGGUGGAGACAUGUUUAAAGAAAUUCCUCCAGCAGAUGCCAUUUUGUUGAAGUGGAUAUUGCAUGACUGGAAUGACGAGGAAUGCAUGAAAAUAUUGAAGAAAUGCAAGGAAUCACUCAAACAGAAAGGCAAAGAAGGAAAGGUGAUUAUCAUAGAUAUGGUGUUGGAGAUUGACCAGAAGGGAGAUAUUACUAAAUCAACUGAAACACAACUCUUCUUUGAUAUGAUGAUGAUGGUCUUAGUCACCGGAAAAGAGAGAAACGAAAAAGAAUGGAGUAAUUUGAUUUACUCGGCAGGUUUUGGUGGAUAUAAGAUAACUCCAAUUUUAGGUUUAAGGUCUAUGAUUGAGAUCUAUCCCUAAUAAAUGAGUUUAAGUCUUUUAAGAGAGAUGCACUAAAGGUGUAAAAGUGUAAAGUAGCUUUACACCAUCAAUCAAUAAAAACCAAUCAUAUUGUCAUGUAAACUUAUAUUAUACUAAUCAUUUUUACAUUAUCGUCAAAUAUUCAAUUGUUAGAGGG